AUGCAGCCUAUCCCAGAGCAUAGUCAGGCAGAAAAAACAACUGUUAAUUCAGGGGCGUCAACUUCUCAUGUGAUAGAAAAUCCUUUUGUUGUUUUGGAGUCAACUUCAACCCCUGCUGUUUCAUCCUUCGGGCUGUUCACUGAUCCACUGGAAGAGAUCAGCAAGCUUGGUAAUUAUGAGAAUAAAAAUGUCAAUGGUCCAUCAGUUAACGGUGGCAUAUUUGAUGAUAUAGAUCCCUUGGAUAGCUUUAGAAAACCUGCUCACGCAUUUUCAUCUGAGAUGAAUAACAGGGUGAAGGAGGGGAGCCCUUCUAGGACUGCAUCAAGCAUGGGUGGAGCACAAACCUCUGCGAAUACUGAACCUAUUGGGAGAUCAUCUUUCAAGGAUACUGAGAGUCACUCAAAGAAGAUGCAUGAUGAAAAGUUACAUGAAUCUCAUCAACCUGUGUUUGACAUGCCUAGUUUUCCAGCCGAGUCUCGUAGGUCUGUUGGUCAAAAUGCUUCAUCUUCCUGUACGGACAAUAAAUCUACUGAGAUCAAUUGCCAGGUAGGCGUGCCUCCAGAAUCUGAUGAACACAAGGAACCAUCCAAUGAUGUAUGGCUAAUCGUGUCAGAAAUUCCUCUUUUUACACAACCCACAAGUGCUCCACCGCCUUCGAGACCUCCUCCACCAAUACCAGCUAGAGCAUCAAUGUCAGAAGCAGGAGUUUUCGAUUCAAAUUCAAAGAAGAUGAGUAAUGAUUUUGUUCCUUCACCUAGUUCCACUCAAUACUCUCAAAACUCUAAGUCAAUGCAACCUCCAAUUGGUUCUCAAUUUGAUGAACUUGAGGAAUUCGCCAUGGAGCCUGUACAUCUAGAAAAAGAUGAACAUGCAAUACGAGAUGAUCAAGAAAGAGAAUAUAGAGAAAAGCAGGAGAAAUUAGAUCAGGAAAGGCAACUGAGGGAGGAGGAAGAGAGAGAACAGAGGAGGAUUGAGAGAGAGAGGGAAAGGGUGAAGGCGAGACAGGCUGUGGAAAGGGCAACCAGAGAAGCACGGGAGAGAGCAGCUGCCGAGGCACGGGAAAGGGCUGCUGCUGAAGCACGAUUAAAAGCUCAAAGAGCUGCUGUUGAGAGGGUACAAGCUGAAGCUCGAGAACGUGCAGAAAGGGCUGCUGUUCAGAGAGCACAAGCUGAAGCUCGUGAAAGGGCAGCGGCUGAAGCUAGAGAAAGAGCAGAGAAGGCUGCUGCAGAAGCUAGGGAAAGGGCAUAUGCAGAAUCAAGGGAGAAAGAAGCCAGGGAGAAGGCUGCUGCUGCUGCUGCUAGAGCAGAAGCUGAAGCAAGACGUAGGGCAGAACGGGCUGCCGUGGAAAGAGCUGCAGCGGAGGCUCGAGAAAGGGCUGCUGCUGAUGCCCGGGAAAGGGCUGCCGCAGCCACUGCUGCUGCCGCUGCUGCAAGGAUGAACCAACAACAGAACGAUAAUGAUCUUGAAUCAUUUUUCAGCAUGGGUCGAGCAAGCAGUGCACCGAGACCAAGAGCUACUACUGACCCUAUGAUGGAUUCCUUAUUUCAGAGUAAGGGAGCUGCUGAAGAGGCAAGGAGGACAUCAUCUGUCAGUACCUCAUCUAAUAUGAGAAAAGCAUCUUCAACUGCUAAUAUUGUUGACGAUCUCACUUCAAUUUUUGGAGCUGCUUCAUCUGGAGAAUUCCAGGAAGUCGAAGGAGAAAGUGAAGAAAGAAGAAGGGCAAGAUUAGAACGACAGCAGAGGACCCAGGAGCGUGCGGCUAAAGCUCUGGCUGAAAAGAAUCAGCGUGACCUUCAAAUUCAGAAAGAACAAGAGGAAAGACAUGGUAACAUAAUAUAA